UCUCUGUGUUGUCAACGGUCCCACUAACGGAAACAAGGCGAACAUCGUUUCAGACGUACCGCUGGAUGUGGCGCUGCUAACACUGGGAACGCAAACUACUUCUGUGUUGUUUGUGUUUUGUUUUUUUUUUCUUUCCUCAGGACAGAGUCGUCUUGAAUAUUUUUCAUUUUUCGGCAGCAUUCAUGAAAUAGCCUGAACUCCACAUUCGUAUAAACAUAAUGAUUUCGCCGUGGGACCGGUGGUACUCGACGAGCUGCUGCCUCUGCUGCCAUGUACGGACGGGCACCAUCAUUCUGGGAAUAUGGUACAUGCUCAUCAAUGCGGUGGUCCUACUCAUCUUGUUGUCGGCUCUCAAUGACCCAAUACAAUACCGCUACCACCUUACCAGCUCUGAGCUGGGAACCGACAUUGAUGUCAUGGACGAUGCAAAUAUCUGCAUAGCCACUGCAAUAUCCCUACUCAUGAUUCUUAUAUGUGGCAUGGCAACAUAUGGUGCUUACAAGCAACAUGCAGCUUGGAUCAUUCCAUUCUUCUGCUACCAAAUCUUUGACUUUGCCCUUAACACACUGGUAGCCAUAAGUGUGGUGGUUUAUCCCAACACGGUGCAGGACUACCUCCAGCAGCUGCCGGGGACAUUCCCUUACAAAGAGGACAUCAUGUCCACCAACAACAUGUGCCUAGUUUUCGCAGUCCUCCUCUUCAUUGGCUGCAUCCUCUCCUUCAAGGCCUACCUGAUUGGCUGUGUGUGGAACUGCUACAGAUAUGUGAGCGGCAGGGGCACCACGGAGGUCCUGGUUUAUGUCACCACCAACGACACCACGGUUCUGCUGCCACCGUACGAGGAGGCCAUCGCCGUACCACCGAAGGACCCUCCUCCACAGUAUAUGGAGGCAUGAGAGGCGUCCCCUUUGCUGGAUCCUAUCCCCCAAACUACCCCCGACACCAACCACAUCUCCCUCCAACAGUAGGAACCUGACGCCGGCUGGAACGUGUUGGAAAAAAAAAACAAGACCAAACAAUGUCUUAGAGGCUGGCUUCAGCUUGGAAUCCUGCCAAACUUAGAUUAGAUUAGCCCGACCCUGAGCCAAUAUCGCCAUCAAUCCCCCACCCCAAACACCACCCCUGGUCAUUGUGACGUGUUUUUCUCCCCUUCACUGCCCCUGUCCCCCCUCCAAGGACAGAAUCGCAGCAACUUCAUCCACUCCCAACCGCCACCGCAGUCCCCUCCCUGUUGGCAGCUGCUGUCCCCUGGCAGCGUCUAAACUCUUGCACGCCCUGAACGCUCUGUCCCGACUUAAUUUGCACUUUUCUUUGAGCGAAACGUGCACCGGUCUGGCCACCAACUGUUAACCCCCAAUACUGUGAAUCUCCCUCGUGGUCUUUGUCUAGAAACAAACUACCUGAAGAGAGAUAGCGACAGAGAGAGCGAGAAAGAGAAGUGUGAUGCAUGAUCAGUUAUGCAAGAGCACUUUUUUGUUCGAGAAAAUUGACAAGUUCCUUCAUUGAAUGUAAUGUCGAGGUAUUUUUGUAUGACUGUUUUUUUGUAUAACUGAGAGAAAACGAAGCGAGAAGUGAAAGGCUGUCCUGUUGUGAUCAAAUAUCAUCUGUACUGAUGUAGGUUCUCCUGCAGGAAAAUCGCGUUGAAAAAGGUUCCUUGACCAACAACAACAACAACGUCUUCCUUUUGUACCCAAGUAACACACUGUCUGUGAACCUGUGAUCCAUCGACUGCCAGGGAAAACCUUGUUCACCCGUCGACUUCUAUCACAAUAUUCCAGUUUGCCUUCCUGUCCGUGUUCCUGUCCAUUCCGAGAUUUUAAACGUCAAGAAAGACUGGCAUUCGUGUAAUCAUCCAGUGAAGCACUUAUCACAAAAAUGUUUGGACACUUUCUCACACAACACAUCCAAAAAGGCAAUACGCAUACUGUAAAAUGUAAAAAUGUGUGUAAACAUUUGUGUGUGGAAAUGUUUCAGUGAAGACGUCUGUCUUGUUUUCCUGUCUUGUUGCAGCUGCAACAGUGUCGUCUGUGUCUUUAUCGUUUGGGGUUUUUUUGUUUUGUUUUUUUUUUACACGUGGAUCAUGGUGUAUAAUCUGAUCUUUUUAGUUGAGCUAACUUAGCUGGACUGAGGGCAUUUUCCUAUAAAGACGGCGUGACAUGUUGCUGUACAUGCAGAAACUGUUUGCGUGUGUGUGUGCAAGCGUGUGUGCCUGCCUGAGCGCUAUGGUGUAACCCCUAAAUCCUUUGUACGUAGUACCGUUUCUUUGCACAUGCAGUGAUAUCAUGUUGAGAUAUUUCCUGUGCUGGUGACCUUUUUUGAAAUUAACAAUGGAUGGGAAUCUAAAGCGGUGAUUUAGUUUAGCAUAGUAGCACAAAAUCAAUACACAGAAAUGAAGCUAGAGAAGCUAGACGCUUGUCUUUUUAAGAGAUAAUACUGGAAUAAAACUAUGUUAAAUAUACCUAAUCCCAUUUUUUCCAAUAAUUCCUAAGUACUAUUUCCUAUUAACAGAUGAACCUUAAAUUUGUUGUCAUUCAGACUAUGCAAUAGUGCAUUCAACCACUCUUUAGACCUGGAAAUACCACGAGUUAGUUUUCCAUCUGGUACUAAUACUGUAGUUGAUAAUGUAGCCAUUUGUUGGCCCCCUUCUUUCGUUGUCCCUGUGUGAAUUACUGCUCCUGCAAAUCCAACAAAGCUGAAAAUGAAAUUGCACUUUAAAGUCAGCGUGAGCUCACUGAGAACCGAUGUGUUUUCAUCCAUCUUCACCACGUUCUGCUGUCAGCCAAGUGGUUCUAAUACGAGCAGCCAUCCUCUCCUGGAUCAUGCAAGCUUCUAAAACGUGACAUAAUCAAAAUCGAUAUUUGUUCCGAUGUGACUGAAACGCUGACAGAUUCUAAUGUGAUCGAGGAGAAUUUCAGCUCAGGAAUAAAACAAGGCCUGUAGGUAAUCAGGACAUGUUGGAUGGCUGACUUUAUUAGAAUCACUUGAAGACUGUUCUCCAUGUUCUCCACACACCCUUUUGUUGGAUCUGCAUGAGCUCAUCAUGUCUCCAAUUCUGAAUAAUAAAAAAGCAAAAUCAA